AUGUCUGUCACACGAACGCGACGAGCUGAUCAAUGUUCAUAUUCAACAAUCUCAAUCAUCUUACUGUUAAUCAUCUCCACUCUACUAACACUUUAUGUCUAUCGUAAAGAUUUAACUCCACACAUUCCUGUACCGGUUAUUAUCGAUCCAAAAGCUUUCAUUUCUCUCGAGUCAACAAUUUCAUUAACUUCGAAAGAUUCAUCCACGCCACUAAAUGUUAUCCGUAAUAAUACACUUGAAAAGUAUUCUAGUGACGAGCAUCUUCGCUCACUUCUCGAACAGUAUUCCAAUCCAUUGAAACAGGUUAUCAUAACAAUCAUUGGCGGCGAUAGUUAUUCGUUAUUUGCCUGGGAUUGGUAUGAACGAAUGCAUGAAAUCUCCAAUCAAACCAAAUCUUGUCAUUGUUUUAUAGUGGCCAUGGAUGAAAUAGCUGUGAUAAUAGCUCUCAAAGAAAAUAUACCGGUUUAUUACUCAACAUUUACACUCGAUCAGCAACUUCAAUGGGUCAAUACUCUCGAAGCACGGCAACAUUCUCUUUAUCGUGUUGGUCAUGCGAAGUUUAAUACAGCUGCAAAGAUCGUUCAGUUAGGCUAUUCGGUUGUUCUGAGUGAAAUGGAUGUGUUUUGGAGAGCAAGUCCUUUUGAUCAUUUGAAACAACCUUACGAAAAUUAUGAUUUACAAAUAAGUGAUCAUUUUGGUUCUCAUCCUCGAGUGAACAUCGGCAUAUUUUUCGUUCGAUCAUCAAAUAGAUCCAUCGAAUUCUUUACUUAUGUUGCUGACUUUUGGGUACGGUUUGGUAAAGGUGGUUAUCUAUCUGAUCAACGUGCAUUGGAUGCUCUAUUGAAAAAUUAUGAUCGUCUUGAUCAAACUUAUUUGAAAGCGAUGAAGCCUGUUCCAUCAUUAAACUGGACACCGCAUGUAUUUCACAAUCAUUUUUCGCAUUUGAUGACUGAUGGAAGUGCGUUUGUUUUAUUUGAUCGAGCUGAACAGCUCGGAAUACGUGCGAAAAAGUACUAUGGUAAUUCAACUGAUAAAUAUUUCACAGUGACGAUAUCAAAUACGAAAAUGGAGAUCAGUAAUCGAAACCUUCUCAUGCGUGCUCUACUAAUCUUACAAGCGACACAUUUGAAAAAUCGCACAUUAAUUGUUCCAGCGUUUUCUCACGAUUUAGCCUCGACCUCUCUUCGAUCGCAACUUGACGAAAAGAAAUUUCUCCUCUAUUGGUCUGAUAAACGUAUUCGCCUACCAGUUUUUCUUCUUCAUAACAAAACACGUUCAAUACCUGUCACAACUCUUCCAUUAUCAUUCAAUCGAACGUAUGACGAUGUUAAUGGAAUCUUAGAUCUGACUUUUGACUCGAUUCCGAUGAAUUUACCAGCGCCUUCACCACAAUUCGAAGUUUUUAUUCGAGAUUCUCUUCUGUGGUGUUCACCACCGGCCAAUAAUGGCAAAGGUUGGUGCGUCCAUCAUCCAAGAGACUUUGGCGCAACAAUGGAAAUCUUAUUUGCUUGCCGAGGUGAUCCGUAUCCACCAUGUGCGAAUAAAACAGAAAAAAAUGAGCAGUUUCUCUAUAGACCCUAUGAAUAG